AUGAUAAGAUGGUUGCGCCUUUUAAUCACUUUUGUUUGCAGGUUUCGAGGGAUCGUCCAGCCGUGGAGAAGAGCAAGGAAUGUGGCGUACGUCCAACUAUCCGCGGAUGAAGAAGCGAAGCCAACCUCCGAGGGAGAAGACAUAGAAACUCUACCUACGCCUCCAUUUUCAAAACGUCUUUGGGUCGUCGCAAUACGCGCCAUCAUCAUUAUUCUGGCUGGUUAUGGCCUCUUCUCCCUCCUAAUACCCCACCUACCCUCAACCCAAAAACAACACUCUCUAUCAUGCAACUGCGGCGAGACCAUCGAAGAAGCACGCGCCAACGGCUGUGUCUAUGAUUCUCUCGCCGCAGCAUGGCUUCCACCACACUGCCGCUCCGCCAAGCUCACGGCAGAGUUUGAAUCACUGGGCCCGAAUAAGCCAGAUUCCACGGGAAACACCUGGGGAUACUGGCACGACCAGAACCAGACGCAUCCCAUGACGCUCGAGGAAGUCAGCCAGCUACCCGAGGCGGCGAGACGCGGACAGCAUGCGCGAUUCUUCACCACUCACGAAUGGCACCUUGUCCAUUGCGUCUUCUACUGGCGCAAGAUGUGGGAGGCGGCGCGGUGUGGGCGGGGGAUGGAUGGGGCUUCGUGUGGGGAAGAUGGGAUGCUGGUGAUUGAGAAGCGUUACGACACGUUGAUGCAUAUUAACCACUGCAUGACGAUGAUGUUGAUGCGGGAUCCGUUGGAUAGUAUUGCGGCUGAGGCUGGUGUUGCGCUGCAUUCUGAUGAGUUGCAUGUUGCCAAGCCGCACAAGCAUCAGGAGAGCGGGCAUCACGGAGGCGGUGGGCACAAGUCGGGGGACCCGUACGACAAGAUGGGAAUGGAGCACCAGCAUGGGAAGGGUGAUCCGGAUGAUGAAUGA